UUGACCUGCAUCUGACCGACAACACGAUUUCAGUGAUCAUAACAUGGGAAUUACACUGUGCUGCAGUGUCAGUCGGGCUCGUUAGCGUCGUGUCUUGUGUUUUAUCAUUUUCGUUUAUCGUUAAACCCAGGGGAUCUUUUUAUGAGUUAGCUGUUAAGCUUUGACGCCGAUAAACGUGUUAGUCCAAGAUGACAGUCCCAGUUCUGCACAAUACGGGAGUCCUAUACAGACGCGUCCUGUCCCAGUUUCCCCAGGACAUUAGUUUAGCUUUCGCCUAUGGAUCUGGAGUGUUCAAACAACAUGGGACCAGCCAAGGUCAAAUGGACAAAAAUAUGCUGGAUUUUGUGUUUGCUGUGGACGACCCGGUUACAUGGCACACAUUGAACCUCCUCCAAAAUCGAAAGCACUACUCCAUCCUCAAGUUCCUGGGGCCGACCAAGAUCAGUUCAAUUCAAAACGACCAUGGAGCUUCAGUGUAUUAUAACACACUAGUUCCUUUGGAUGGAAGGACCAUAAAGUAUGGUGUAAUAAGCACGGACUCUCUCAUUGAUGACCUGAUGCACUGGAAAACCCUGUAUGUCGCUGGACGCCUUCACAAACCAGUGAAGAUGUUGGUGCAGAGUGACAAUGGAAAACUCCGAGCUGCUCUUGUGGCUAAUUUAAAAAGUGCUGUAACUGCCUCAUUUCUCAUGUUGCCUGAGAGCUUCAGUGAGGAGGACCUAUUUCUACAGAUUGCUGGUCUUUCUUAUGCAGGUGAUUUUAGGAUGGUGAUUGGAGAAGAUAAAUCUAAAGUAGCCAAUAUUGUCAAAGACAAUUUUCAGUACUUCAGAAUGCUGUACAACAACAUUUUAAAAGACUGUCCACAGGUCGUCUACAAGCCCCAGCAAGGAAAACUAGAGGUGGAUAAGAGUCCCGAGGGUCAGUUCGUUCAGCUGAUGGCGUUACCUCGAACGCUGCAGCAAAGAAUUACAAAGUUAGUGGAUCCUCCGGGAAAGAACCGCGAUGUGGAGGAGAUCCUGCUGCAGGUGGCUCAGGAUCCUGACUGUGGAGCUGUCGUACAACAAGGAAUCUCAUCAAUCGUCAAGUCCUCCAGUAUAACGCAGAGUAUUAAAGGCAUCGCUACUGCUGGCAUGUGGAAAACCGUCUCCUACAGCUCGAAGAAACUCAUCAAAAUGUGGAAGGGCUGGAGGAGGAAGCCUGCUGUGUCUGAGAUGUCCUGAUUUUACUCAACUUAAAGACUCUUGUUUGUCCUUUGACUGAAGUGUCCUCUGUCCUGGUCUCUGCUCGUCUCACCACAUGUCCCCACUGCAGUAUAUGACCAAAGGGAGCACUGUUAAUGCCUGUACCUCAAUGUUAAUGAUUUUGAAAGGCCCAUGUUUCAAGAGUAUAGCUGAAAAUGGUGACCUUUGAGGGAACUGUGGACAAGAGACUGUGGAGAUUGAACUGCUGCUACUACUCUGGAAAGAUGUGUACAGAAAACAUUGAAAGGGAAAGGGUUUGGGAAUUAAGUAUUGCCUGAAAUAUAUGUUAACUUAUCAACACACAAUCGUGAAUGACAGUUGUGUCUCAACCUUAAUUCAAGCACAACUUUCACUAGUAUGAGAAAACGCCCGUCACCUCACCGGGACCUAUGUUCACCUUUGUAUUUUUAAUAAAUAAUAAUAAUAAAAUCCACUGACAUACA